AAUAACAAAAAAAUCAAAAAAAGAAGAAACAGCUAUUAUUAGAAGAAGAAGAUUAUCCUAAUUAUUCAAUAUUGCAUUCAUUUUCCUAAGAUUACGUUUUAAAUAAUAGAACAAAAACUAAAUCAUGUCGGACUGGGAUACUGUAACGGUUUUAAAAAAAAGGGCCCCUAAAGCUUCAACUAUGAAGAGCGAGCAAGCCAUAAAUGCUGCUCGUCGUCAAGGUGUAGCUGUUGACACGCAAUUGAAAUGGGGUGCUGGAAGUAAUAAACAGCAUGUAGCAACAAAAAAUACUGCCAAAUUGGAUAGAGAAACGGAGGAACUUAAACAUGAAACAAUUUCUUUAGAUGUCGGAAAAUUAAUUCAACAGGGACGUCAGGCUAAAGGUUUGAGUCAAAAAGAUCUUGCCACAAAAAUUAACGAGAAGCCACAAGUUAUAACAGAUUAUGAAGCAGGUCGUGGUAUUCCAAACAAUGCAAUCAUUGGUAAAAUUGAGAGGGUAAUAGGCUUGAAACUGAGAGGAAAAGAUCGCGGACUUCCCGUAGUGCCCCCAGGAAAUAAAAAGUAAUAUAGUCCUGGGGGAACUAAGAAAGUUUUUGGAUGAUGAAUUUAAUUUUAAAGAAUGGUUUUCCUACAUAACUCAUAGUAAAAACACUUCUAGGAUUCCUGCAUUUAUUGUAAGAACCCUUGCAAUUAUAAAUUCAUGUAGGUUAAUAUGUUAAUCAUUUUUUAGAAAAAAAAAUCUUUGUGUACUGCUGCUGUAUUAAUAUUAGCUGUUUCAUUAAAACAAAAAUAUAAC